CCUUGAGAGGGACUCUGUUAGUAUAAGAGCAAUGCUCUUGGAGCUGGGGUGAGUCCAGAGGACUUUUCCCCAACGAGGUGGUGCACUUGUUCCCUUCCUCGUCUGGCCAUGUUAGCCAGGAGUAGCUCCCGCUGGCUGGCUCCAGGGAACCCUGGGAUGCUCUCUCCUGCUUCCUCCCAGUUUCCUGGCUACCGCAGGGCUCAUGCAGUCAAGGGGGAGCUGUACUCCCCCUCUUUUCAAAGGAAGGGGACCAGGCCUUUUAAUGAAGUCCCAGGCAACUGGAAAACUGGCUGGUUCAACCUCUACCACUUCUGGCAGGAAGGUGGCUUCCACAAUGUCCACAACAUCAUGGCCCGGCAGUUUCAGAAGUUUGGACCCAUUUACAGGGAGAAGCUUGGCAUCUAUGAGAGCGUGAAUAUCAUUAACCCUGAAGAUGCUGCCACUCUCUUUAAAUCAGAAGGCAUGUUCCCAGAGAGGUUCACCGUGUCCCCCUGGGUGGCCUACCGAGACCAUCGCAAUAAGCCGUAUGGUGUGCUUCUCAAGAAUGGGGAGGCUUGGCGCUUCGACCGCCUGAUCCUGAACAAGGAGGUCCUGUCCCCACAGGUGAUGGCCAACUUUGUGCCCCUCCUGAAUGAAGUGGGAGAGGACUUUGUCCGGAGGGUCAGGGUCCAGAUUGAGAAGAGUGGCCGGGGGAAGUGGACGGCUGACUUCACUAACGAGCUGUUCCGCUUCGCUCUGGAGUCGGUGUGCCACGUCCUGUAUGGAGAGCGCUUGGGGCUCCUGCAGGACUUCGUUGACCCUGAGGCCCAGCGAUUCAUCGAUGCGGUGAGCAUGAUGUUCCACACCACCUCGCCCAUGCUCUACAUCCCAGUCAAGCUGUUCCACUGGAUCAACUCCAAGACCUGGCAGGACCACGUGAAGGCCUGGGAUGUAAUUUUUAUGCAAGCUGACAAAUGCAUCCAGAACGUCUACCGAGCCAAGGAGUACACUGGCAUCCUGUCCACACUUUUAAUGCAGGACAAGCUGCCCAUUGAUGACAUCAAGGCCAGUGUGACAGAGAUGAUGGCAGGUGGGGUGGACACGACCUCCAUGACCCUCCAGUGGGCCAUGUUCGAGCUGGCUCGCUCUCCAGGUGUGCAGGAGCAGCUGCGGACUGAGAUCUUUGCAGCCAAGCAGGCAGCCCAGGGGGACAUGCUGAAGAUGCUGAAAUCUGUCAAACUGCUCAAAGCUGCCAUCAAGGAGACUCUCCGGCUCCAUCCGGUGGCCAUAACCCUUCAGAGAUACACAACGCAAGAAAUGGUCCUCCAGGAUUACUGUAUCCCUGCCAAGACGCUGGUGCAGGUAGGGAUAUAUGCAAUGGGCCGUGACCCCAAGUUUUUCGUCAAGCCAGAGCAGUUCAACCCGGAGCGAUGGCUGAUGAUGGAAACAAAAUACUUCAAGGGGCUGGGCUUUGGCUUUGGACCACGCCAGUGUCUUGGUCGCAGGAUUGCUGAGCUGGAGAUGCAGCUCUUCUUGAUCCAUAUGUUGGAGAACUUCAAGAUAGAAACCAAGAGAGGAUUGGAGAUUGGGACCAAGUUUGACCUCAUCCUGAUCCCUGACAAGCCAAUAUACCUGACGUUACGGCCUCUCAGCGCCCAUCUGUGAAUGGAGCAGCAGCUGCCCUGACCAAUUCU